UCUUCCUCCGGAUUACGAUCCCCCCACUCCACUUGGCUAUCGUCGUCCUCCACGCACGGCAACGGGACGGCCAUGUCGUCUGCACCCCUGACAUCCACGCCUCCCCCUCUCCUUCCCGCCAAAUCCAAGAGCCCGCCACCGCACCACCCGCUCCUCUCCCACCUCCCGCACUGCACCAGCCUCCGAUCACUCGCCCAGCUCCACGCCGCCGCCGUCAAGGCCGGCCUCGCCGCGCACCCGGCCUUCGUCACCAGGCUCCUCACGCUCUGCACCGCCCCGGGCGCGGCCCCCGCGCACCUCGCCUACGCCCGCCAGGUGUUCGACCGGGUGCCCCACCCGGCCGACGCCGUCUGGUACAACACCCUGCUCCGCGGCUACGCGCGCGGCUCCCCGUCGUCCUCCGCGGCCGCCGAGGCGGCGGUGCGGGUGUUCGCGCGGAUGCUGGAGGAGGGCGUCGCGCCGGACACCUACACGUUCGUGUCGCUGCUCAAGGCGUGCGCCGCGGCGCGCGCGGGGGAGGAAGGGCGGCAGGCGCACGCCGUGGCGGCCAAGGUCGGCGCCGCGGGCCACGAGUACGUCCGCCCCACGCUCAUCAACAUGUACGCCGAGUGCGGGGACGUGCGCGCCGCGCGCGCCAUGUUUGACAGGAUGGAAGGGGACUGCGUGGUCUCGUACAACGCGAUGAUCGCCGCGGCCGUGAGGAGCAGCCGGCCUGGGGAAGCGCUGGUUCUGUUCCGGGAGAUGCAGGCCAAGGGGCUCAAGCCCACGUCCGUGACGGUGAUUAGUGCGCUCUCGGCGUGUGCGUUGCUUGGGGCGCUGGAACUGGGGAGGUGGAUCCAUGAUUAUGUCCGGAAGAUAGGGCUUGAUUCGCUCGUCAAAGUCAGCACUGCGUUGAUUGACAUGUAUGCAAAGUGCGGGAGCUUGGAGGAUGCCGUUGCUGUGUUCCAGGGGAUGGAAUCAAGAGAUAAGCAAGCUUGGUCAGUGAUGAUCGUGGCCUACGCUAACCACGGGUAUGGCAGGGAGGCCAUUUUGCUGUUUGAAGAGAUGAAGAAGCAGGGGAUAAAGCCUGAUGAUAUUACAUUCCUUGGUGUGCUCUAUGCCUGUAGCCACUCUGGUUUGGUGAGUGAAGGGCUUCAGUAUUUCGACGACAUGAAAGAUAAUGGUACCAUUCCAGGGAUCAAGCACUAUGGUUGCGUGACAGAUUUGCUAGCUCGAUCAGGGCAGCUGGAGAGAGCUUACAAGUUCAUUGAUGAACUACCAAUAAAGCCCACCCCCAUCUUAUGGAGGACGUUGCUUUCUGCUUGUGGAGGCCACAGAGACGUCGAACUUGGCAAACGUGUCUUUGGGAGGAUUCUUGAGCUGGACGAUUCUCAUGGUGGCGACUAUGUAAUAUUCUCGAAUUUGUGCGCAAACACUGGAAAGUGGGAAGAGAUGAAUAGGGUACGGAAACUGAUGAAUGAGAAAGGUGUGGUAAAGGUGCCAGGCUGUAGCUCAAUCGAGAUAGAUAACACAGUUCACGAGUUCUUCGCAGGAGAUGGGAGGCACCCCAAAUCACAAGAAGCAAGGAAAAUGGUUGAUGAAGUGAUUGACCAACUAAAACUGGUUGGUUAUGUCCCUGAUACUUCACAUGUGUUUCAUGUUGAAAUGGGUGAGGAGGAGAAGGCAACAAGCCUGAGAUACCAUAGUGAGAAGCUCGCAAUUGCUUUUGGGCUUCUAAAUACAGCUCCAGGAGCUACACUACGAGUUGUGAAGAAUCUCCGUGUAUGCCCAGAUUGCCAUUCAAUGGCAAAGCUUGUCUCAAUGGUCUUCAAUAGGCGAAUUAUACUCAGAGACCUGAACCGCUUCCACCACUUUGAAGAUGGACUCUGCUCUUGUGGCGACUACUGGUAGAUUUUAGGAACAGAAUUCUUGUACCACAAUAUCUUCUUCAUGUACUACAAUGCUUUCCACUCAGGUUUAUCCGUGCGACAAGGACAUGUAGAAGUUACAUGGAUAAGAUAAAAACGCAUGUUCAGUGCAUGAAGAAAACCCAGCCUGCCUGGAGCCAGCCAAGAUGAGAGGUAGGGGAAGCUUCUUUCCCUUUGAGUUGAUCAACCAUAGAGUAAAAGAAAACGCUCUUUGCAGCUGGAAUCCAUGAGCAGCACUUUUUUAAUUCCCCUUUGACCAAUCCUUAUCAAAAGCAUUAUUCCAUUACUGUUCAUCAUUUGUGUACCUGAACUAGAUUCUUUUUAAUUUACUAUGCUCUGUUUUUCUUGUUCCUCUGUUUCCUUAGCUUCCAUAUCUGACUAGGUCAUAUAUUAUUUCAAACAUAACUUUUUAACAAUGGCUGGUAUCUAAAUUGCCAAACUGGCUCGCAGUAAUGUACCAACUCUCAUAAACCCCCAACGUUUGCAUGAUUAAAACAUUUUUAUAAUCUUUUCAACAUGUAAAUGCAAAACAAUUUUUUUAUCCUUCUCUUUUUUUUCUUUGUUUUUUCUCCACUUUAGCAGUGGUCCUAUUUCUGUCUAACACGGUCCCCAUCUAAACUGUAGCUCUGGUUCAACUAUUUACUGAUGAAAAGGUGAUAAGAAAUAAGUAUUUGCAGUUAGCUUUUCAAAAAAAAAUGUAUUUGCAGAAGU